AUGGCCUCAGCCCGGCCUCGCCUACUGCCGCUGCGCUUAUCUUCUCAAGAUCCGGCGUACAAUACUGAUUGGGUCUUCUCCAGCGACUCGCCUGUCCAUAUUGCCAAUAACCUUGGUUGGUUCAUGGGCAUUCUCGGCGUUGCAGAGUUCGCCACCAUCGACUCUACUAACGUCGCUGCCACUGUCAAGAUCGGUGGCAAGUCCAUGAAGGUGGUCGGCUUUGGUGGAGUGCAACUUGUGGCCCCGAACCUCGACCGAUCAGCCAUUCAGUCCAUCGGCACCCGCUACGCCGGACAACCCUACUUCUGCUGCUGGCAACAUCCCGAUCAGCUUGAUCAAGCAACUGGUGGCAGACUUAGGUUUUCCUCGGGCUCCGGAUCUGUGCUAUUCUCCCGAUACGGCCCUAAUCCCACUCGACGACGUGCUCUUCGUUCGUCGGCCCCUUUCAAUAUCGUCGGCAAGCCGUUACUGGACAAGUACACUGUCGACCAAGCGCAGAUCCGACUCAAAGCCAAAGGCUCGGUGGACGCACUUCUCGACACGACUACACCACUGCCGAAGCUGUGGCUGAAGGGCCAGGUGCAAGGUCAGACGAGUCUUCGAGCCAAUCAAUCGUACGAUGCUAGCGUGCAAUGGUCGAUCAGACAGCAAGCCGAGAUCAAGGCAGCCAAGAUCGGCAUGGGAUUAACGCCGGCGGCGCCCUUCAGCGAGCUACCUGGCUUCACCGCCGAAGAGCGAGCCUGGCUCAAGAAGCAAGGGGGCCAGAGUAGCUUCUUCGAGAAGUAUUGCUUACGUCGUGAUAGAAAGCCUGACCGCGCAAAGGCGCUGAUGAUGGUCCGAGUGUACAUGGAGGCGGAGCGUGAGGAGCUUGCGCUGAGUGCGCAGGCGGUUACUGUCAUGGCUCAGCUUGGGGCGCUCUUCUCUGGCACACAUUUGGCCCUUGACUGAAGUCUUGCAUGUACGAGGGAGGAAGGUUGAUGGCCAUGGCGUUGCCGUCUGGAGUACGAGGAGAUGGCGAACCCCUUCUGGGAGUGUCGCCGUGAUUGUCGAACUCAGGCGUUAACUUGUGAAUUACCGACACC